AUGUCAUCUUCAACAUUUCCCAACUGGUUGCGUAAUUACUUUCAACUGCCAUCUUCUUCAAAUUCACCGUAUCCUCCACUAAAUAAUAGUGAGAGAAACAACAAUCUUCCGGGUUCGUUUCCAAAUGAAGAACAAACAAAUCUGAAUCAAGGACCUUUGGUAAACUCACAAGCAAUAAGUAAUACCUUUCGCAGUUUUAACUCAUGGUUAAAUUAUAUACUUAUUCAACCAUUGAUAAUAGUAGUGAUGAUUGUAUUUAGAGUUUUGUCCAUGUUGAUAAAUAUCAUUUAUUCCAAAGACCAUACAACUAGACAUGACAUAAUCGACCCAGUGAGUAAAGCAAGUAGGUUUAUCAGAGAAUUAGAAGAAAAUUUGGAACCUCCUCAACUUUAUCAUGAUACUGUUGGUACUACCUCUUCUGCGACUAGUGCACAAGAUGCCUCAGAUAGAUUGCCACCUUUCGUGUUGUCAAGUUAUACACAAGCAUUGUACUUGGCCAAAACAAGAGCAAAGUUUUUAUUUAUUUACAUAAGCAAUGCCCAAAAAGAUGAACUAUUCAGUAAUAUUAUAACAAAUGAAGAGUUUAUAAAAUUGUUCCUGAAUAGUAAUAUAAUAAUAUGGGGUGGCGAUGUGAGAAAUCUGGAAGCUUUCCAAGUAGGAAAUUCACUUAAUGUUACAAAAUAUCCCUUCCUUGGUCUACUUUGCUUAACAAGAACUACCAAAAUGACCCCUCAGGGACCCACAAAGACAUCACCCAAAAUUUCAUUGGUUGCUAAAUUACAAGGCAAUAUCAAAUGCACACCUAAUUUGAUUGAAGAAAAAUUCAUUAAAAAGAUCAAAAAGUAUGAAAGGGAAUUGGGUCAAAUGAGAGAAGAGUUGUAUUUCAAAAGUAGACUAACAAACAGAAAUCAAUAG